AUGGUUGGAGCAUACCUUAAGAUUCAACAAACGUUUAUAAAGAAUUUGUCGGCAGCUCAAAUUGAGAUAGUUGCUACUACAAUGUGGAGUAUUUGGAAGGCCAGGAAUAUGAAGUUAUGGCAACAGGUGGCUAACUCAACUACAGUUAUCCUGGAUAGAGCAAAACACCUUCUUGAUGGUUGGAGGCAGGCUAAUAGGAAGCAAGUUCCUCUAAGGUCAGAUAAUCAAGCUCUACACUCAAGUGCUUCAACUUCUAGUAACAGUAUAAACAUUAGAUGGAGGAAACCAGAGAGGGGUAGAUACAAAUGCAAUGUUGAUGCCUCUUUCCCUACUACGACAAAUAAAGUAGGCUUUGGUAUGUGCAUUAGAGACUCGGAUGGGAACCAUGUUCGAUCUAAAACUAUGUGGUUUAAUCCAUCUUGUUCUGUAGAUGUUGGGGAGGCUCUGGCUUUACAUCAUGCGAUUCGGUGGAUUCAUGAAAUUCAACUUUUCAAUGUUGAUUUUGAAGUUGACUCAAAAAGAGUAGCUGAUUAUUUCAACAAUGGUCGUGGAGAUGUCACCGAAUUUGGCUCUAUUAUGGACAGUAGUGUUCAAUUCCGCAAUACUUUUUUAACAAACUCUCAUGUCGAGUUUAUUCGGAGGCAAGCCAAUGAGGUUGCUCAUGCUCUAGCUAAGGCAGCCACAUCUAGUACUAGCUUCCAGGUGUUUGAUGAUAUUCCAGCAUUAUCUUAUCCGUAUCGUAUCUUGUAUCCCGGCGUCACAACUUUCGUUCAAGUGAACUAG